AUGGUGCCUCUUCUAUUUGUUUUGUUAAGUUCUGCGCUCGCUCUGUUAUCUAGUUUUUACAUAAAAUUUCGUUACUUCAAUCAUUGGCAAAAGAAAGGCGUACCCCACCCGAAACCGAUUCCUGUGUUUGGAAAUUACAAAGAUUAUAUCAUUCUAAAUAAAACAAUAAGCGAUGUUGUGAACGAUAUAUGUGAGAAAUUUCCAAAGGAACCUUACAUAGGUGCAUUCUAUGGAACGAAUCCUACUUUGAUAGUUCGCGAUCCUGAGUACGUGAAGUUAGUUUUAGCCAAAGAUUUCUAUUACUUUAACAGUAGAGAGAAUGGAGAUUAUUCCGACAGCGAAGUACUUACACGGAAUGUCUUUUUUGCAAGCGGCGAUAGCUGGAAGAUCGUUCGCCAAAACUUGACCCCUUUCUUUACAUCCGCGAAAAUAAAGAAGAUGUUUUAUCUAAUCGAAGAAUGCAAUGUCGCCUUAGAGGCAUUAAUGGACGAAGUUGCAAAAUUGCCGCAAGUUGAGGUAAGAGACGUGAUGGCAAGAUACACUAUAGACUGCAUAGGAACAUGUGCUUUCGGAAUCAAUACAAAUGCUCUGUCCAUUAAAGAGGAAAAUAAUCCCUUCCGAGACAUGGGUCGUAAGAUUUUUGAACCUUCCACAGUUAGAGGUCUGAAAUUAAUUGGACGUGCCAUCUGGCCAGAUAUCUUCUACAAACUAGGCUUUGAAGCGUUUCCUAAAGAAAUACCAAAUUUCUUUAAGACUUUGCUCUUAAAUGUUUUCGAUCGACGUCAAUAUAAAUAUUCAGGUCGCAAUGACUUCGUAGACCUUAUAUUAGGAUUCAAAGAGAAGAAGCAUAUUACGGGAGAUAGUAUUUUAAAUUUGAAGGGAGAGAUGAAAAAAAUUUCUCUGGAAGUUGACGACGACCUGCUCUGUGCCCAAUGCGUUGUAUUUUUUGCAGCUGGAUUCGAAACAUCAGCUACCACAUUGAGUAUACUCUUGUAUGAACUCGCAAAGAAUCCGGACAAGCAAAAGCUGGCCGUAGAAGAAGUUGAUGACUAUUUGAAGAAAAAUAAGAAACUGUUCUAUGAAUGUGUGUCUGAGACCCCGUAUUUAGAGGCCUGUAUGAACGAAACCUUGCGCCUGUACCCAGUUCUUGGUGUAAUCACACGCGAAGUGGUCGAAGACUACACCUUACCGACAGGAUUAACCAUCAAUAAAGGUUCGCGUGUCCAUAUACCGGUGCAUCAUAUUCACCACGAUUCAGAAUUGUUCCCUGAUCCUGAAGUAUUUAGGCCAGAAAGAUUCUUAGGUGCAGAAAAGGCUAAAAUUGUACCUUUCUCCUAUUUUCCGUUUGGAGAAGGACCAAGGAUAUGCAUAGGCAUGCGAUUCGCAAAGAUGCAGGCAAUAACUGGUCUUAUCACGAUUUUGAAGAAAUAUGAAGUGCGAUUUGUGGAUGACACUCCAAUGAAACUGGACUUUGAAUCACGCACAAUUGUGAACCAGCCAAAAUCACCCGUUUGUCUUAAAUUUGUACCGAGGAUUAAAUAA